AUCUUUGGCGUCGCUAAUCAGAAACAUCACACUGUCAAAGAACAACAUGCACAAGGUAGCGAAAGUAUGAGUGUAAAUAUGUGUUAGAAACGUCUGCAGGCGAAUUUGGAAGAAGACUGUAAUUUCUUCAUUCAUAUUUUACCGACACGCUUAUCGCAUCACGAUGAGUAACUCUCAGAAAACAGAAAUGGAGGUUGACGAGACGGCUCCAGCUAAAAGUGUUAUGGCAUCGUCUGGCACUGUUGGUAGUGUUUCUGUUUCGUUGCACCCACUAGUCAUAAUGAAUAUCUCCGAACACUGGACAAGACUAAGAGCGCAGAAAGGAACACCGCAACAAGUUAUUGGUGCUCUGAUUGGUAAACAGAAGGGACGGAAUUUAGAAAUUAUGAACUCCUUUGAACUUCUGUUCAGUGUCAUUGCAGGAGACAUAAUAAUUGAUAGAGAUUAUUACAAUACAAAGGAAGAACAGUUUAAACAGGUAUUCAGUGAUAUGGACUUCUUGGGAUGGUAUACAACUGGUGAUCAACCAGAUGAUAAGGAUAUCAAGAUUCACAAGCAGAUUUGUCAGAUUAAUGAAAGUCCUGUACUGCUAAAGUUAAACCCACAAGCUAGGCACAGUGACCUUCCAGUUGCGAUGUAUGAGUCAGUCAUAGAUCUGGUAGGUGGUGAAGCCACUAUGCUCUUUGUGGAGUUGCAUUAUACGUUGGCUACAGAGGAAGCAGAACGGAUUGGUGUUGAUCACGUGGCUAGAAUGUCAACUAAUGAGGCUGGUGAAAGCUCUUUAGUGGCAGAGCAUCUCACUGCACAGCAUUCAGCCAUUAAGAUGCUGCACAGUCGGGUGAAGCUUGUCUUGCAAUACGUGCGAGCAGUGCAGGCUGGGCAGUUGCCCAGAAAUCAUGAAAUCCUUCGUGAAGCUAAUAGCCUUAGCCAUCGUCUGCCUGUUUUGCAAAGUCCGCAAUUCCGUGCUGAUUUUUACAAUCAAUGCAAUGAUGUUGGUCUUAUGACAUAUUUGGGAACAAUCACCAAAGGCUGCAAUGAUAUUAACCAGUUUGUCAAUAAGUUUAAUAUACUUUAUGAUCGACAGGGUAUGGGUCGUCGUAUGCGUGGCAUAUUUUUUUGAAUGAGUUAAAACAAUUAUUUAAAAUAAACUUUUCAUCUGUGACAACCUUGCAAGUCGUUCACCUUGCUAUUAACUGAAAAGAAAUGUUCAACGCGUCAUACAGUACUUCAUUUUUUGUCAUCAACCUAAUUUUAAGUAUUUGUGAUAAAAAAGCAACCAUUAUGAGUAAGUUAAAUAUGCUGUGUGCUACAGAAAUAAAACUGUCAGGUAUUUUUCUUAUGAAACCACUUUGUCGUACUUGCGUGACAUUCAGAAAGUGUAAUUAAAAUUCUUCUUUGCUGUUACUUUUUCUAAUGUUGCUUUCAUUAUUCAGUUUUUUUCAAAUGCAGCAUGUGUGUUAACUGAUUUAAUUUUAUGUUGAAAUAUAAUUAUUUUAAGAAUUGUU